AUGAAGAUUAAAGAACAUGUCAGAAAGGUAAUUGGACGAAGCAUUUUCGACAGCCGGGGAAUUCCUACUGUGGAGGUGGACAUUGAAGCAUCUUUUGCAACUGCACGGGCCAGCUGCCCAUCAGGGGCAUCCACUGGCUCACAGGAGGCUCUUGAGCUUAGAGAUGGAAAUAACUCAAAGUGCAUGGGGAAAAGUGUUCAAAAGGCCCUAAUUGGGGUUGAAGAACUUGCAACUUCUCUUAUAUCUACACCCCUUGAGAUAACCGACCAGGCUGCAAUUGACAAGCACAUGGUGUCCCUGGAUGGAACAAAAAACAAAAGCAGAGUGGGCGCCAACUCAAUACUCCCCAUAUCCAUUUGCUUUUCAAGACUGGGUGCCAGGUGCAUGAAAGUCCAGGACUGGGAAUAUAUCCAAAUGCUUGUCAACAAUGACAAAAUGUACCCUUGCGGUAUGUGCUCUUCUGCUUCUGCACCUGCACCACCCUCUGAUAAAAGCCAGAACCUUCCAGAUGGAAGUGUCGUUGUGGAAAACUCGAACGCAGAAAAAUCUGUAGAGAAAUCUGCAGAAAAAGAAGUGGAGCAGCCGGCUGCAAAUGAGUCACUGCCUUGCAAAAAUGUAAAGUCACCGGAGGGGUGCAGGAAUAGCGUGCAAAAGAAGAAUGCAGGCCUGACAAUUCCAAAGAUAUUUUUCAACAUAAUCAAUGGAGGAAGACACUCAGACAACGGACUCUUUGUACAGGAAAUCAUGGUUUCUUUUGAGGGAAAUGCCCCAUACACCGUGCUGUCCUGUGCCUCUGAGUUCAUCUGGGCACUAAAGGCCAUUGUGAAGAAGAGGUAUAAGCUGACAGGUGUUGGGGAUGAAGGAGGAUUUGCUCCCCCCAUAAACUCUCUUGAGGAGGGUCUUGAUCUGAUCCAAGAGGCGUCUGCUGCCUCUGGAAUAAAGCCUGUGAUUGCUUUGGAUGUUGCUGCCUCAGAGUUCUACCAGAACGGAAAGUACAACAUAGGAUGGAAAACAAAAGACAAGUUUCUGACUCAGGCUGAAAUGAUUGAGUACUAUAUCAAAAUAAUCAAGAAGUACAAGGUUGUGAUGAUUGAGGACCCAUUUGAUGAAAAAGACUAUGAAGGCUGGGCCAAGUUUAUGGAAGAAGCUGCCAAGCUGAAUGUGCAAAUAGUCGGUGAUGACCUCAUUGUGACAAACCCAGAGCUUAUAAAGAAGGCAGGUGAGAAGAAGCUGUGCAAUGUUGCCCUUAUAAAGAUGAACCAGAUAGGAACAAUUACAGAGACCAUACAGGCUGUCAAGGAGGCAAGGCACCAGGGCAUGAAGAUCAUGGCCAGCCACAGAAGCGGGGAGACAGAAGAUAUCUUCCUGUCACAUCUUUCUGUUGGACUCUCUGCAGACUAUCUCAAAGCAGGCUCUCUUUGCAGGUCUGAAAGAGUCUCUAAGUACAACGAGCUUGUUCGAAUAUUCGAAAAGAGCAAGAUUGAUACGUUUAGAUAA